CUUACACCAUGGCAGCCCUCUGCGGUAUUGGAGGCCUGAUCGGGUUUGCAAAGACUAGAUCUGUUCCCUCCAUCGUUGCUGGACUGGGUGUCGGUGCGCUCUAUGCUGUGGGUGGUUAUCGGAUCAAGAGCGGUGGAGACUACGGCUACGAAAUUUGCGCAGGCGCAUCUGCUCUUUUGCUCGGAUCAUCCCUGCCUAGAGCUCGUAAAGGUCCCGUACCUGCCGGUCUGAGCGUAGCGAGCACACUCGCUGGAGCCUACUACGCCAAGCAGGUGUACGACUUCCGCAUUCGCUGAGCGGUUGAAACAACACCGCUCUUCAAAGCCACGUUUUCAUCUGGCGUGCGACGCGAGAUACCGCGAAUCGCUUCAACACCUGCAAUGCGAUGACGUGCGAUGGGACUCUCUCGCGCUCAAUUAAAUGAAACAAAGUGACGCCGAAGCGCACAGCCCCG